AUGAAGCCCAUUCAAGUGUCGUAUGCGCACGCGUGUUGUGUGUGCAAAAAGAACUCUCAAGACGGACGGGGGCAAGCAGUGUGUACACCGGCGAGUGACCGUCCAUCCAUCGCUGAGUUAGUUCCGCCCAGAGGCCGGCGACCUUCGGUGGGCGCCUCUGUCGCGGCGAUUCCUUCGGACACUUCGGGUCCGUCUUGUUCUCUCGAUUCUGAUGUUCUUUCUCACUGUUUGCCCGUUCGUCGUCCGCUGCCCCACACUCACACGAUUUCACCUCUCAUCCUCUUCUUCACUUCAAGAUUUUCUAUCACAAUACGGUUCAUACCUUUGAGCCCAUACUCAACUCGCCGCCUUCCAUUUCCGACGACUUUAUCUUUUUUUUUUCUUUUUGAUUGAUACUUCUAUACUGCAGGAAACAAGUUGUCUGAUAAAAUCUUGCUCAACCCUUACCGAAGGCUACACUAUUUCUUAGCUCUUAAGUCUAUCUACUGUACAGGGAGUGCAAAAUUUUCUUGUUUUGUAAAUGUUAUUCGUUAUUUGAUUCUAUGAAUCCAUAAUUAUUGGUUUGCUGUAUACUUAAAGCUCUCAUGAAGUAGCCUGAUGCAACAAAAAGGUAACGUUUGGAUGAAAAUUGUUCAUUUUGUUUCUUAUCUCCGGGUGAUCUCAACAUGAUUCAUUUGUUAUGUGAUGAAAAAAAACCGAUUUCCCAGAACAUUUCACGCUCUUUUUUUGUCUUGACUUCGUGUUACAAUAAAGUCUGUCCUAUUUCCUCAUUAUUCAUUUCCAACAACAGUUUGAAAUGGAUUACGGAUCAUAUCUCAUAAAUAACGUCCACGCCACAUAAAAAAGAAGGAGUGAAAGUUGCGGCGCGGCGUCGUCUGUGGCAUCUCCCGCGAACGCUUCUUUCUCGUGGCUUGUUCUGUUCGUGACGCAAAUUUGCUUACAUUUACUAUGAUUGUUUAUAUCGAGUUGCCUCGCUCCCUCAUUCAAAACACGUUAUGGUUGCGAGAGCGUACUCAGAUCUAACUACCUAACGCAUCGAUCAAACAUGAGUCGACCGUGAAAUUCCUCGCUACUCUUUUUGACGUCGAACGUUUUCGCUUUUUUUUUCUUGUCUUUGUGCGAAUAACUUGAGUUCAACCUCAGAUUUCGCAGGUGGUUCUACAUCAAUAUCAAAGAAAAAUCGUCAGGUGCUGGCGAAUAAGCAUGGCCACCGCCCACUUUCUUCUACAGCUCCUUGCCAUAUGGGGUAGAUCAUGCGCCAUGAAAACCCUUCAAAUGUGCUUACAGGGAUUCUUGGCACUGUCAGCUGUCAGUCAGAGGAGGAUGGAACUUAUCAUUUUUCCGAGCAGCAGCAAGGGAGAACUGUAUGGAUCGUAGACGACACUAGCGUUCCGUGGAUUGGAAGUUUUCAGUACUUAGGGUUAGUUUUCACUUUUUCUGAGUGGUCUGUCCUCCAUAGCAUAAGCUUACUUUUUCAUCAAUCUAAGUUUUCUUAAAGACUAAGAAAUCAGAGCCUCUCGAAAAUUUGAUCGGAUUUGCUUGGACGCACUGAAAAGUGGGUUGGAGUUUGCUAACGUAUCGAAUGACCAACGCUGACCAGCAAUCUAUUCAACAGCUUCUCGCAAGCGUCUAAUUCAUGGGUUCUCGUGUUUCAGAUCAUUCUCCAACGCGCAAACCGUGCUGCUCACAGUGGUGGACAGUUCCACUGGAGCGACUCUUGGAGAGUGCGCUACUUCUAGGGCUAAUGGUGAGUUGAUAGUUAUGGGAAGGAAAAAAAUCACACAAAAAUCAGCCAAAAAUAACGGCCGUACAAAAUAGGGUACAACCUAAUCUUUCGCUAACUCACAUUUACAGUAAGAAAAAUGCAAAUAGAAAUGCCAAUCUUUUUAAUAGUUGAUAAUUUUUUUAUUUUUUUCAUGCUUGCUAAGUUUGCGAAAUUGAAGAAUGAAAGCUUGAAAAAAAUUUUUGAACAUUUAAGCACACUUAAAAAAAGUUUUUUUCGAAUAAUUCGCAAGGAAAAUGGUUCAUAAUAUUUGCUCGCUUUUUUUGUUGCAAGAUUUUUUUGAAAUGUUUUUUUCUGCACUGAAAAAAAAAUUUUUUUCAAUGAAAGGGAAACGAGAGAUUUCGGAAAGAUGAGAUCGAAUCAUUGAAAAAAAAAAAACAGUUGACAUGAAAUAGUCCUUCGGAAAUCAUUAUAUUACUUGGACAUUAAGAAGAGUAGAUUGUUUUUUUAAAUAAUUGUUUUUGAAAUUUGUAUCUUGCUGAACUACUCAGUUCACAGAGUUUGUCUUGCAAACGUCAAUUGACAUCUGGCGGUGAAGAUCUUUUUUCUACCAUUUCGGUUUUCCUUUUCUAGUUCACUUUGACACACCGCUCGUCAAUCUUUUUUUCACUUGAAAGAGACUGGAAACAGUCACGAGAGACGUCGAUCGGGCAAGAUGUAUCGGUAUUUCACAUGAUUUUCCGGCGGCGUUUCGUCGCGGCAAAAAAUAGACUCGACGGAAAUUUGUGGUUUUUCUGCAGGUUCGGCGCCGAGAUGGGAACGAUUCCAGUGGGAGCUCAGCAUGGAUGGUCUUCAAUGUUCCUCCUCGAAUGGUAACCCGACACGGACGCCCUUCCCUCACACAGACAACCCUCGGACCUUUUCUGUCAGAAUCCAAGCUGGUCAGUUUCUAAAUCCAAUUGAUUUCGAGAAAUUUUUAAAAAAAAUAAUCUAUAUUUUUGUUUCAAAACAUGUUUAUAAUUUCACUGAAAUCAACCAAUUAUUUUCAACCUACAAGGUUUUUAUUUGGUUUUUCUCAGCUGUUUGUUCACCGACACUCGCAAAAAAAAGUUAUUUGUAUUCUCAGGCAAAGGACCAGCGUGCAUCCGAGAACUGCUAGUGCAAAACGAAAAUCCAGUCGGAUGUCCGCCACAUCUUUCAAGAAAUUCUUUCUCGUCAUCUUUUUUCAACUGCAGCUGUCCCUACGCCGAAGUCGCUGAUGAGUCCGAACUGGGUACUGUAGUCCACCAAAAAAUGUUCAUAUGAAGUCGUUUCAGAAUCUUCAGACCACGGAUCUUUGGAAACCUCUCCGCAGUUCCCUUUGUUCAAAGUAAUUACACUUUCUUUCUUUGCAUUGAAACGCUAUGUUUUCAGGGAAUCGGAGUAGAAACUACAAUGACAACGUCUCCUUGGACUUUGUCGCCUUCACCUUGUGCGACCCAUCAAUGUCACAACAACGGUACCUGUCUUGUAACACAGGAAGGAACUGUAAGAAAUUAUUUUAAGUUUUAUUGAAGGAAGUAUGAGUUUAAGGCUACUUGUCUUUGUCGAAAUGGAUUCACCGGUUCACAAUGUGAGCUUGAUCUAUGUUCUUCGGUUCCUUGUCAAAACGGAGGCUUCUGCCGUUCUAACGGUGGAAUGGCUUUCUGCGAAUGCCCAGCUGGUUUCACAGGUCUUCUUUGCGAAUCGGUGAGUUAAGUCUCAAUUAUGAGCUUUCCGGAAAGAAUUAUUCAAGUAUGCGCUCUUUUUUCAUUUUUGAGGUAAGAAAGAGAGACAAAAGAAAAACGAGUGCAAAAAAAUUUGUGUCAUCUGAUUUACAAAUUCGGAAAAAAAGACUUUGACAUUCGGGAAUCAGAAAAAAUAGAAAGCUGAUUCAUGCUUACGCUAGACAAACAUCUAGAAAUCAAGUCCCCUUUUUUCUGAACAUAAGUGCUUCCUACGAGAAUAGUCAAGUAGGCGACUUUUUGAUUUUGAGGUGAGUCUGAAAGACCUCAAAAAAAACUAUUGCGAACAAGCACUCGAACGCCGAGACUUGAAAACAAAAACACACAAUUACAGAAUAUUGACGAGAGAACGACGCGCUGUAACCCUGAGUGCUCAAAUGGACAGUGUGUCGAGUUGAACGGCGCCGCAAGUUGUGAAUGUCGCCAAGGCUUCACAGGACUUAAUUGCAACGUCCUUGACGUCUGCUUAGGGUCAGCUUUCAGCAAUCGAUGACGCAUCUAUUAAAAUUUUCAAAGCAUUGAAAACAAACUUUCUUCUAAGACAACUCGUAGUUUCAUUUUUGAGAGGAGUAGAAAAAUAGUUUUCCCUCUAUUUUCAAAAAAUAACAAAUCGAGCUGAAAAGAUAUUCAUGUAAAUUUAACUACUUCUACAAAAGUUGAGAAAUAGUUUUCCAGUUCACAGGUAUGACUGUUUCAGGGAUGCAGCCUGCUCCAUGUUUGGAAAUGCGGCGAAAUGCGUCCUUGAUGAGACAAUGGAAAAGCUCUCAAGCCCCUCUCUGAUAAAUGGCACCUACGACUGUCGUUGUCCACAUCCCGAGCACGGACGUUAGUUUUUUGUUGAUUAACUGUACUUUAGCUUCAAAAAUUGCCAAAACAAGGGUAACCUCCCCUAAUAAAAAUGUGGAGUCAGUGAAGCUGUUCAGAAUAUGUCGAUUGUAUGGAACUUCAUGCACCAAAAUCUACAACACCAGGGUCAGCUCCAGCGUCUCCAACCUUCCCUGUUCUUGAAAUUUCUCAGCUUCCUGGUAAUGAUAAUUUUUUUUUCAAAUUUCAAUCGGGAAAACUUUUAGUUUUUGAAACAACGGCACUUCCUACGACGCGCGAGGAAGUUGAAGAGGAGACCAUGACGUCUGGUCAGCGGAAUGAAUUAUUAUCUUAUACAAACUCGGGUUUCAGCUGAAACGGAAGCAACUGAUCUUCCGAAAAUGGUAGAAAACAACUCGAAUCCCAGCGCCGGUUUUACUCAUCCACCAAUUUUCCCAACUGCCUCGAUCACGAUAGAAGUAAGUUGAAAAGAAAGUUAGAACGAAUGGAAUCAUGAGAUCUUGACUAGUAUUUCGAACUUUAUUUCUAAAAUUAAGGCUGCCACGACCCCCAGGACAACUCCCCGUUUCGUAGAAAGUUUAACCUCGCAUUCCCUGCAUCCUGUGGUACUUGAAACUAGAUCUCUUCAAAAACUAUUAUUGUGUAGAUAACGAACACGGACGGUUCAUCUACAUUCAUUUUCCCGCAAACACCACAAACUACUCCGUCAACCUCCACCACGAACUUCGUGGUUACAUAAAAAAAUAUGUUUUAUACUGAUAAUUUCUAAAUUUCAGAUGGUCCCGAACCCAAAGUUCGUGUCGCCACAACGUCCAGUUUCGACGGAAGAGCCAAGCAUGGAAAAGUCUGAAGAAGAGGAAACCACUGAAUCAGAACAAACCACGCACGGUCAGAUAAUAUUUUAUUCAUUUUAAAGUAUCAGUGUAGAUAAUUACUAGCACGAACAGCAAUUAAUUCAUACUUAUUGUUUCAGAGCGAGUGGAAACUUUCCCAACUCCUGGAACGAUGGGAGGUCCAGUUUCUAUCCAAACUCCAGAAACUCCUACCAUCAAAGAGAUUACUCAACCGGUGAGUUUUACCUUCAUCAUUUUCAAAAACUAAUUGCAAAUUUUUUACACCAAUGCCAGAAAUGCUUCAUGUAUUCAAUAACGUUGAAUGUUUCUAACGCUCUCAAUUUUGAAAGAUAAUGGAAAACUGUCUUUGCGAAAGACUGCAGCCGAAACAUCUGAAGCUCAAAUUCAUUUCUCCGCGCCUGGUUUAGAACACGUGUUUCUCACAUGCUUCGAGUAUUUCCCCUAAAUUUUCUCAGCAAAACUUUUAUAUAUAAUCGAAGUCACCGUUGAAAAUCCCAAAAGGUAAGUCUAGUAUUAAUAAACUCACAGAGAGAACCGAAGCACCUUUCCUGGUAAGAAGGAAUUAAUAUGAAGGGUGUUUUGAAAUUGCUUUUUCUGGGGGUAAAUGUUUUUCUUCUUGUAAAGUUCUAUAUUGCUUAUUAAUAUUUGAUAAAUGAGGUUAUCCUUUUUCCAGACAACAACCGAGCCCGAAGACUAUGAAGAGCAAGACGAAGAAGAAGUAAACAGCUUUUGUAAAAAUUUAACCUCAAUUUAUCGUUUUCAGGUGUCAACUGCAAGUCCCACAAUCACGGCCCCCGCAAUAACUAUGACGUUGCCUAGUACUUCCACAACGGAAAUAGUCGAGGUGACAGAGUUUUUCUUUAAGAUCAAUUUGUAGUCUUUUUCCAACCACAAUUUUUUUAACUAUUUUUUUAGAGCGAAAUUGUACUUUCCCCAGUACAUUAUGACGAAAACCAAAUAUUUUCCGUGUAGUUUUAUUUUUGAGCAGUUUGUUGUUUUGAAUGGGAAGUUUCCGAUUUCAAUGCCAAAUCGGGAGUAAUACGAUACGGUUGCCCAGGACUCGAACGAAGCGGCGACGCAGGCAACUUUGCCCUUCUGGAUGACGUCGACUGUGGAGACAGAUGAGCCGCCGACGCCGCAGGAACCAGCCGUCAUUCCCGAUUCCACCUCAUCUGAAGCUCCCGAAACCAAUGAGGAACUGGAGCCUGAGCCUUCUUGUAAGCAACUUCAACUCGAUCUAAAAUCAACAGACCUAAUGUAACCGACAAUAGACCUCCGCCUUGUGUGAAAUUGAAUGUUUUCGCUGCUGCAAAUUUGUAGUUUUUGGGAACAUGCGAUACAUUUGAUUCAAACUUUAUGUGUAUUUUUUUGAGUGAUGAUUAAUCUUCAGCGACUACUUUGGCUACUACGGUUAUCGAUGUGCAGCAGAAGGAAAACAACAAGCAGACGAGUGCAGCGGCUAGUUGGAUCAUCGCAAUAAUUGCGCUAAUUGGUGCGUUUUCAAUUAAUUCAUUAUCAUCGACGAGAAAAUCAAAGAAUCUUCUCAAAUUAAAUGAGAGUUGGUCGGAAAAAGUCAUUCUGUGCAUGUCAGAUGACAAAAAUUACUGAGCCAUACUAAUUUCCUGCUCUACUUCUUUUUCUAAAUGCAAAAAAAUAUCGCAUUUGAACGAUUGAACACUUGAAAACUGAGAAAAACAUGUUAUCUUCAAAAACAAAAACUUCAAUAAAUUUUUAAUUGUCUGUUCAAAUAUUCACGAUCUUUGAGGUUUCGGAUUUGUUUUUGUUGUAAAUUAUGAUAUGAAUGUAUGGGAAUGUGAGUUUUUCUGUUAUUUUUUUCCAAGGAAUAUUUGGUUUUUUUGAAGAAUGAAAUUUUUAAAAAAAUAGAACUCUUACAGGAAUCAGUUAUAAUACCUCUGAAAAAGAAAAACGAGUGGUUUUCAAAUAAACCGUAUUAGACGUCUGAUUUGCAGUUUUGGGUCUUCUGCUUCUGGCGACAAGUCUUUUUGUCCUGCGGUACAUUCGGCAGUCUCGGAAACUUCAUGGAAAAUACAAUCCUGCGCGAGAGGAACACGCCCUAUCAGCGGCCUACGCCAUGCCCAUGUCCCACAUCGCCAAAGAGGAACGACUCAUUUAA